UCCCCGUCACGCCCACUUUGCUAUCAUCUAAUUCUAGCAGGAUUCCUGUGCGGUACCUCGGGUUCCUUCUGGUGAGGUGUGCGGGCUUCUUGCAGGCUGGGAAUGAAAUGGUGGAAUAAAAAUAAGACUUCAAAAUGAAUAAAGUAAGAGUGCCUACGGAAAAAUGCCUAUCCAACAAUUCCCGGAUUAUGAGUCUUCUGUCACAGCUGGAGAAGAUCAACACAGAGUCAUCAGCCGUGGAUAUGGAUAAUGCAAGAUUUGUCACUGCAAAAAUCCUCCACUUGACACAGACCCAAGAAAAAACAAGAAAGGAAAUGACUGCCAAAGGGUCCACUGGAGUGGAAGUUAUCCUGUGUACACUGGAGAAUACCAGGGACCAUCAGACAAUAUUAAACAUUGUAAAUAUCCUCAAUGAACUGAUGUCAGCUGGUGGUGGAAGAAGAAUAAAUGUAUUGAUUUCUAAAGGAGGUACUCAGAUCUUGCUACAAUUGCUGCUUAGUGCCAGUAAGGACUCUUCUCCGAAUGAAGAGUUAAUGGUACUUCUUCACAGCUUACUGGCAAAGAUAGGACCAAAAGACAAGAAGUUUGGAAUAAAAGCACGAGUCAGUGGAGCUCUGAACAUCUCUCUCAACCUGGUCAAACAAAACCUUCAAUGUCCAAAGCUGUUGCUUCCAUGUCUUCAGGUGCUACGUGUGUACUGUAUGAAUGCUGUAAAUGCUGUGUACCUGGGCAAAAAUGGGGCUGUGGAUCUUCUUUUCAAGAUCAUAGGGCCAUUCAGUAAAAAGAACACCAGCCUUAUCAAAGUCUCUUUAGAUACACUUGCCGCUUUGCUAAAAUCAAAGACAAAUUCCAGAAAAGCAGUGGACCGAGGAUACGUUCAAGGGCUCUUAACAAUAUAUUUGGACUGGCAUCGUCAUGACACUCGGCAUCGGCACAUGUUGAUCCGGAAAGGCAUUCUGCAGUGUCUUAAAAGCAUUACAAACAUCAAGUUGGGUAGAAAAGCUUUCAUAGAUGCUAAUGGUAUGAAGACUUUAUAUAACACCUCACAGGAAUGCCAAGCUGUGAGAACUUUAGAUCCUCUCGUCAAUACAUCUAGCUUGAUAAUGAGAAAAUGCUUUCCCAAGAAUCGUCUUCCUUUACCAACCAUCAAAAGUGCUUUUCAGUUUCAACUGCCCAUCAUCCCCACCAGUGGGCCUGUGGCUCAGAUCUUCAGCAUGCCUCCUGAAGUGGAUGAUGUAGUGGAUGAAAGUGACGACAACGAGGAUACUGAAGCAGACACAGAGGCAGAAGCUGAAAAUGAAGAUGAUAGUGAUCAACUGUUUAAGAAUGAGGACAUAGAGACAGAUAUCAGUAAGCUCAAACCUGCACAAGAACUGGGAAGGCCUUUAGAAGAUCUGAAGAUGUAUGAACGCUUUUUUCCUGAGCUUUCUGAUGAUUUUCAGGAUUUUGACUUAGUGUCAAAUGAACCAGUGCCUGGAGCAAACCAUGGUGGACCUAUUAUUGUUCCCACAGCAGGAGAGGAACCACCAUAUAAGCCAAGACAUAUCAUGAAGGAACUAUCAAGGAAAACUAGUAGCAUUUCUUUGGAAGAUGAAUGUAAUAAAAGACCGACAUUUUUAGAUGUGUCUAAGAAAGACAGUAGGAGAGACCGUAACAACUCCUUUCUACAGACUCGGGGGGAGAUCGAGAGGUCCUCAUGCUUGCACUUGAACAAUGAUACAGUCAAGGAUCUUGACAAACUCUCCUUACAGAAGUCUUCAUCCAACAACCAUUUCAAAAAUGGAUGUGUACCCACUAAAGACAAUCCCAAUGCCUUAUCUCACUCCUGUAGUAAGACUGCUCAGAAUAUUUCGUGUGGUAACAACUUGUUUGAGAAACAUUCUGUGAAUCUAGGACCUUUAUGUUGCUCUGGAGUUUUUCCUGAUGAUGAUGAUGAAGAUGCAAGUCCUUUGGAUGCCCGAGGACUGCAAAAUGUGCUAGACGAGGAAAGCUUAUUGCCCCUCCAUGAUCCAGAUCUUUACAUUGAGAUGGUGAAAAAUACCAAAUCAGUCCCUGAGUACUCUGACGUGGCAUAUCCAGAUUAUUUUGGUCAUGUGCCACCAUUUUUCAAAGAGCCUAUAUUAGAAAGGCCGUAUGGAGUGCAAAGGACAAAAAUAGCUCAAGAUAUUGAAAGAAUGAUUCAUUCCAAUGACAUAAUAGACCGAGUUAUAUAUGACCUUGAUAGUCCCAACUGUUCCAUACCGGAUGAGAGUGAAGUUCUCAAGUUCAAUUCUAAGUUUGAAUCUGGAAACCUGCGGAAGGUUGUUCAGAUAAGAAAACAUGAAUAUGAUCUCAUCUUGAACUCUGAUAUAAAUAGCAAUCAUUACCAUCAGUGGUUUUACUUUGAAGUGAGUGGAAUGAAGACCGGUACUGCUUAUCGCUUUAACAUCAUCAAUUGUGAAAAGUCCAACAGUCAGUUCAAUUAUGGUAUGCAGCCCCUUAUGUAUUCCGUACAGGAGGCUUUGGCUUCCCGGCCGUGGUGGAUCCGUGUUGGAACAGAUAUAUGUUAUUAUAAAAACCAUUUCUCUAGAAGUUCAAUAGCUACAGGGGGUCAGAAGGGAAAGUCCUACUAUACCCUGACAUUCACUGUCAGUUUUCUUCACAAAGAUGACGUCUGCUAUUUUGCAUAUCACUAUCCUUACACGUAUUCCACAUUAAAGAUGCACCUUCAAAAACUGGAGUCUCUACAUAAUCCCCAGCAGAUCUAUUUUCGCCAUGAUGCAUUAUGUGAAACUCUAGCUGGAAAUGGAUGCCCCGUGGUCACCAUAACUGCUAUGCCAGAGUCCAAUUUCUACGAGCAUGUCUAUCAGUUUCGAAACCGACCUUAUAUCUUCUUAACAUCCAGGGUUCACCCAGGAGAGACAAAUGCUAGCUGGGUAAUGAAAGGAACACUGGAAUUUCUUAUGGGGAACAGCCCUACUGCACAGAACCUUCGGGAAUCCUACAUUUUUAAAAUUGUUCCCAUGCUUAACCCAGAUGGUGUCAUCAAUGGAAACCAUCGUUGUUCUUUAAGUGGAGAAGAUCUCAACAGGCAGUGGCAAAGCCCCAAUGCAGAUCUGCAUCCUACAAUUUACCACACCAAGGGCCUACUGCAGUAUUUGGCAUCUAUCAAACGUGUUCCUCUGGUUUACUGUGAUUACCAUGGACAUUCCCGCAAGAAAAAUGUGUUUAUGUACGGCUGCAGUAUUAAAGAGACAGUAUGGCACACCAAUGUCAGUGCUGCCUCACGUGAUAUAGUAGAAGAUAAUGGAUACAGGCAGACUCUUCCGAAAGUACUGAGCCAGAUAGCCCCAGCAUUUUCCAUGAGCAGUUGUAGUUUCGUAGUGGAAAAAUCUAAAGAGUCUACUGCUCGUGUUGUGGUAUGGCAAGAAUUGGGCGUUCAGAGGAGUUAUACGAUGGAGAGCACGCUGUGUGGCUGUGACCAGGGCAAGUACAAGGGUUUACAGAUCGGGACAAAGGAGCUUGAAGAGAUGGGUGCCAAAUUCUGCAUAGGAUUACUUCGCUUAAAAAGGCUGACCUCUCCCAUGGAAUUCAGCCUGCCUCCAAGCCUCCUGGAUAUCGAGAGUGAUCUGAUCGAGUCCAGCUGCAAGGUUGCAAGUCCAACUACCUAUGUUUUGGAAGAUGAUGAGCCUCGUUUCCUGGAAGAAGUGGAUUACAGCGCAGAGAGCAAUGACGAAGCAGACCCUGAUCUCCCAGACACUGCUGUAGAUCUUGAAACCUCAGCAGUAGAAGACGAAGGAUUCUCAGAUUCUGAAAUCUCACAAACUUGCUUGAAGAGUGCACAAAGGCAUCAGGAAUGCCUUGUUUUGGCAAUGAAGCAUUAAGAGAUGGUUAGACAAGAGUUACUUGAACCAAUGAAAACAAUGUAGUAUUGCUGACUUUUUUUGGUCCUGCUAUGGGCAUAUAAAGUGGAGUUGUUUGUUCUCCUGCCUAUGUUGCAUGUUUUUCCCCUGCAGGAACCACUUCAGAUGAAUUCUCCAACCUUCAUCCUAUACAAACGGCUAACACUCAUGAAAAGCCACACUCAGUAUUGUUCCUUGCACAGUGUUUAUAGUACAUCUUGCUACAGACACAUUAACUUUUAGGUGUAAUAUUUGCUGAUUAUUCCACUCCCUUGGAAACUUUCUUAAAGGCUUACUGGUCAUAGCUAUGUGUUCACAGUUCACUACAAUCUUUACCUUUGUGUUCCAGAUCAUACUCUGGUCAGAGACAAGGCUUUGGGGUUUUAUGUGAGUUUUUUGGGGAGUUGUGUUUUUUUUAAGAGCAUGAUUUGAAAAUUGUAUAUUCUGGCACACAUCAAUCAUGUAUAUUACAAUGACAAAAUAGAGUGCAUGGCGCUGACCUAGAAAUCAUUUAACAAGUGAAAGUGCUGAGUCCUAUCCCUCCAAAGUCAGUAAAUUAAAUUUACAAUUGAUACUUCAAAUUAACCAGAAACAACUUCUUCCUUCCAUUCAUGAGAAAAGUCACACCAACCGAUUCUAGUAUUAAAGGGAACCUCUUAUACAUGAAAAUGCUAUGCAAUCUGCAGGCAGCAUGUUAUAGAGCAGAAGCAGCUGAACAGAUUGAUUUACAGAAUCUUUUCCCAGAAAAC